UAGCAUAGAUGCCAUUCAAUUUAUUGCAGAGUUAUAGAUCAUGAUUAAUGUCUCUGGUUUCUGGUUCUGGCAGACCUAACUAAGGCAGCCUAGUUGUGAGUUGAAGGAUAAAUUAGGUGUAUGCCUGGCUAAAUAGAUGAGUCUUUAGUCUAGACUUAAACUGAGUGAGUGUGUCUGCAUCUGGAACAGUGUUAGGGAGACUAUUCCAUAGUUUAGGAGCCAAAUAGGAAAAUAUCUACCUCCUUUUGUGGAUUUUGAUAUUCUAGGAACUAUAAACAGGCCAGAAUUUUGUGAUCUUAAUGAAGGUAAUGGAAUAUAGCGUGACAGAAGGUCACUUAAGUACUGCAGAGCUAGACCAUUCAAAUUUUUGUCUGUAGUUAACAGAAUUUUAAAAUUAAUACGAAAUUUAACAGGUAGCCAGUGUAACGACGAUAAAAUGGGAUGCAUUUUGAACCAAUUGAAGUUUAUUUAUUGAUCUUGCUGGAUAUCCUCCCAGUAAUGCAUUACAAAUAAUAUAAUAAUAAUAUAAUCUAGUAUUGAGGUCAUGAACCCAUGCAUCAGCAACAGAGAGCAUGUGUCGUAAUUUAGCAAUAUUUAUGAGGUGAAAGAAUGCUGUUCUACAAACAUUGGUAAUUUGAUUAUCAAAGGACAGAUUGGUAUAAAAUAUAACACCCGAGGUUAAAAAGAACGACAUCUUUUAUAAGCGCGUCUCGAGACUCCAGCGUUGUUUGUCGCUGCAUCUAGCUUUCUUUUAGCUCAAGAACGCGUUCUGUUUGAACGGCCCCUAAAUCAUGCGUAAAACGCAUACCAAUGGAUACCUAUUUGACUCGUCCUGAAAAUGUCGGGGGGAAAAUGAUUUAUUGUUCCAAAUCGUUUUUGAAAGUUUGUAACUGCUGUAGAAGAUAUUCCGCAUUUAGAAAAUAUUUGAUUAUAGCUAUUGUGUGCUUUGUGUAUUUGUUUUUCACGGUUCAUGUUAGUCACGCGUCUUCUCACCAAGACAAAAGUUCCAACCUCUGGAGAUCUCAGAGUAAAACCGACCAGCACCCAACUGAUGGAGUCAGGGAUAGGGAGGCAAAUGAAUCUUUUAUCCCAACUAGGUCUAAUGUGGUGUAUAUAACGCUCAAAUCUAAGCGGCACAAACCUGCCGUCAUCAGAGGCACAGUGCGACCCAAACUCCGGAGAAAGAAAGUUAAAGUCAGAAAUCAGGGCGCACAGGAUGGCACACUGGACGAAGCGAACAAGGUCGAGAGGCACAAAAAUGCAAACAUCAGUGAAAAAUUUGGAUAUUCUGAGCAACUCUUUCAUAAAAUGGACCGGUUUGGUGGCAGUGAUUAUUCAGCCAUCAGGAUAUACAGUGAAAGAGCUCCUCCAUGGUUCAGCAAUGAUGACAUCGCGGCCAUGCGCUUUCUUGCCGACAGUAAAAUCACGCAUAUUGAAGAAGUGACACCUCGGGGGUUUUCUUCUUUAAUUUUAUUUAAAAGUGUGACAAAUCACACGAACGAUGCUGAUGGGUGUCGCAAAUGUUGCGGUGUUGUCAAACGACCCUUGGACAUGAGUGAGGUGUUUGCCUAUCAUCUGGACAGGGUCUUGGGACUGAACAGAACUUUGCCAACUGUAAGCAGAAGAUUCCACUCUCUUGGAGAUGGUCAGCCUUGUCCAGUAGUUUUGUGGGAUUCUUCUAUAAGCCCAGUUGUUGAUCCAGAUCAACCCUCUGAGAAAUUGACCUGGAGCUCAUACCAAGCCUCUCUUAAGUACAAGUGCUGGCAUCAGGGUGUCAUCCCUAAACCAGAAUGGAGCUGCACCAGCAUCCACCACCAUGAAUGGAGCAAGUUGGUAGUCUUUGAUUUCCUUCUGCAGAUUUAUGAACGACUGGAUAGAAAAUGCUGUGGAUUCAAGCCCCGCCCAGAGGACACCUGUGUUGAGCUUGGUCACCAUGGAGAAUGUAGAGACAAGGACAGCACAGAGCUCACCCAUAUAGUCCACCGCAGACAUGACCCACACCACCUGGUUUUCUUUAACAACAAAGGGUACUUUGACCGAGAUGAGGAAAAUCUGGACUUCAAACUACUAGAGGGGAUUAAAGAGCUACCAGACCAGUCAGUAUCUGUGUUGAGAUCUCAGCGUCUCAGGGAAAAGCUUUUGCAAUCGUUGUUCCUAGACCAGCAGUACUGGGAGAGUCAGGGUGGCCGUCAAGGCAUUGAAAAACUAAUUGAUGUUAUUGAGAGAAGAGCCAAAGUCUUGCUCACUUACAUCAAUGCCCAUGGGAUUAAAGUGGUACCUAUGAACUCUUGACAGAUGAAGCUUCAGGUUACAACAUUUCUGUCUACACUGUAAGGUGAUCCACCAUCCUCUUGGUUUCCAAUGAAUGCUGAUGUUUUUAUCUGUUUGGUAUGCAAGUGUAGACCUUCUGAAUUGAAAUUCUGUCAGUCAAAACUGUAUGCAAUUCAGUAAUGAAGAGUACUUUGUGUUUUUGUAAGUCCAGCUCUCAUGUAAGACAAGAACAUGCAACUGAGUCCCACUGAUGUUUCACUGAUACACUCUAAGGAGCACUGAAGGAAUAUCCUGGGUCAAAUACAAGUUAAGCUCAAUCGACAGCAGUUGUGGCAUAAUGCUGAUUACCACAAAAAUGUAUUUUCGACUCGUCCCUCCUUUACUUUAAAAAAAGCAAAAAUCAAGGUUACAGUGAUGCACUUACAAUGGAAGCGAUUGGGGCCAAUUUUUGGAGAAGGGUAUAGCUGCAGGAAUAGCUCUCAAAAAGGGGCGUGAGCACUAAAUAGCCAUUAAAGAUAUAGGGAUCCCCAACCUAACCCUUUCCCUAACCUUAACCCUUUUGGAGUUGGCGCAACCCCCGUUUGGAGUAACCCCAACCCCUUUUGGAGUAACCCCGCCCUCUUUUGGAGAUUCCACCCCAUUUGGAGGUCUCUGGCCUGCAGCUAUACCUACUUGAAUUUUUGGAGACUUUAAAGGCAGAAAGCUUAUAGUUUCAUAAAAGCACUUACAAUUAAUGCUUCUGUUAAAACUCAUGUAUUAUUUGAGCUGUAAAGUUGUUUAAAUCAUAAUUUUACAGUCAUUUUAGGGUUUGUUGUCAUUAUAUCAUCAUGGCAAAGAAGUUGUAAAAUUUGAAAUAAUUUAGAAAAGGUUAGUAACCGAUUUUUAUCACACUAAAAUUAUGUUAACACAUACCGUUCAUGUGUUGUGGCUAUACUUUUGAAUCUUUUAGUAUUUUAAUGUUUACAGAUUGGCCCCAUUAACUUCCAUUGAGUCUCAUUGUAACAGAUUUUUGCUCUUUAAAGAAAAGAAGGGAUAAGUCAAAAUAAAUUUUUGUGGUAAUCAACAUUAUGCCACAAAUGCUGUCUAUUCAGCUUAACUAGAAAAAAAAAAAAAAAAAAAAAUGUUUUUUUGUAUAGAUCACUCUAAGCACAGUGCUGACCAUACAUGGUUCUCCUAAAUGCUAUAUACAGGGUUUAGGGCACCACUGACAUUCCACAAGUUAAAGGUGCUGUAAACGAUGUUUCCCAAGUGAGCCUCCACCAGAUUUAGCACUCCCUUAAUCCCACCCUGUCAGCAAACCUGAUGAAAGCAAACCUAAAUGCUCAAAUUGGCUGACAGGAAGAGAGCUCCUCAAAACCUUCUAAUUGGCUAAACAAUAGCAGUCAGAUUCUGUGUUGCUGUCUGCAGAGCAGUUGUCACAGAGAUAGGUGUUGUUUCUGAGGACACCUACAGGUAUUUCAGAGAUAUUUUUUAGGGAGAAGGAACAUUUUCAGUGGUAUUCCAUUAAAACUUGCCUACUAAACUUUUAAUUCCACUUUAUAAUCAACGCAUGUUCCUCUCAGUAUUCAGCAAUUCUGCUUUUAAAUAUUGUUCCUGCUAUAAUCAGUGUAUUAUCUGUUGCAAUAGAGAUGUUUCAGUUGCUGACAGUUCCAAAGUAGCACCAGUGUAGUAUUAAAUCAACCUGGUAAUGUUGCACUUGUGUAAGAGUUUAUUAUCCUCAAGAUGGAAAAUAAGUAUUAUUAUUAUGAAUGACAGUAUUUAGUGUGCUCUUAGAAGUGUUUAUUUUUUGUAUAAUGUUAUUUGCUUUUGUAAAAACAGACUUCAAUAAACAAUGUUCCAUAUUAAGCAUUACAAAAUGUAAUGGUAUUUACUUUUUUAUAAAUACAU